AUCAGAUCUCAGCAUAGAUGACCGACGCCUGCAGAUUCGCGACAGCUAUUGCGCAAACUGUACCCGUCUUUCCUACAUCCUCUCGACCGUUCAUGUCAGAUCAACAAUCGUGUGCACCGACAGUGCUGGCAUAAUAGCAGCAUGUCUACAUUGACAACUACGACGCUGAAGUCGUCCUAUCCUCCGAUCAUCCCUCCCCCAUUUACCGCCAACCAGCCUCCUACGAUUAGACUCUAUCCUCUCUCAAAUUAUACCUUCGGCACGAAAGAAACGCAGCCAGAGGAAGAUCCGUCGGUGGCAGCAAGACUGAAAAGACUCGAGGAACAUUACGAGAAUUAUGGUAUGAGACGGACUUGCGAGGGCAUCUUGGUUUGCCAUGAACACAACCAUCCGCAUGUUCUCAUGCUGCAGAUCGCGAAUGCUUUCUUCAAGUUACCGGGUGACUACCUCCCCCAUGAUGCGGACGAGAUUGAGGGCUUCAAAAUGCGCUUGAACGAGCGACUUGCGCCGACAAACCCCAAAGAGAGCGACACGGAAUGGGAAAUUGGCGAUUGUCUUGCUCAAUGGUGGCGCCCGAACCACGAGACCUUUCUCUACCCUUUCCUUCCCGCGCAUGUCUCGAGGCCGAAGGAGCUGAAAAAGCUAUACUUCAUUCACCUUCCGCCGAACAAAGUGCUCAGUGUGCCAAAGAACAUGAAACUGCUGGCCGUCCCGCUGUUCGAGCUGUACGAUAACACCGCACGCUAUGGGCCGCAAUUGAGCGCCAUCCCGCACUACUUGUCACGGUAUCGGUUCGAGUUCGUGGACGAGGACGGCAAUCUGAGUAGUGUUAUGCCUGGCGCUGGGGAGAUGCCGGGGCCGAAGACGAAAGUGCUUGUUGGCCAAGAGGGGAAGGACACGGUGGUGAAAGGCGGGAGCAAUGAAGAUGGAGAUGCGCCGGUGAAGAUUGAGAAUGGACUGUGAGAACUACGGUCUGCAAUUUCGGACAGCGAGCAACCCAGUCGGUGGACGACCAGAGCAACUUCGAAGAGCAAUACCGACAGGAGGCGAUAGAUGGCGGCCAUCUCCAUUUCGACCCAUGUCAUGGGAGGUGGUUGGGUGGUGAUUGGAGACGCCGGUUGCUCUGUUUCUAGAUUCGCUGAUCUUGGAUGAGCGACAUAAAAGAAAGCUGAGGGCUCAAAUAUCGCUGCACGAGAUGAAAGAAAACAGAGGGUUCAACUAUGGCUACGGCGUCGAUUGCUUGAAUCAACCGCUCCAUCGGUGGGUUGUUGCAGCCAUGACACGUGUGAAGAUGUGGGAGAAGGUACAAUCCUCGUUGCGAUCUGCGUCAGCAAGGAUGGGUCAUAUCACGAAAGCCUGCUACAGCUACAGCUUCACUCUUGCGGACGAGAUACUUGGCUGCUACCGGGCAAUUCUGCAGAGGCAAUUUUGAGUCUCCUUGAGGACGGUUUUCAGAUGGCAGAACCUGGCUAUUUCGGGACAAAGGAUGUCGAGAACUCGAAGUGGUGUCGUUGGGGUGUUGCUAUUAGAACUAGAAUGAUGAAGAGAAGAUGAGUCUGCCUGGGUGUCGGCCUCUGCCUCUGAAGCCUGAAGUCGGAGCCACGUGACUCGAAGAAGUUCAAAUUACGGCUUCCAUCCGAAAAACAACCCCGGUC